AUGAAUUUAUUCGAAAUUAAUCAUUAAAUGGAUUAGGGAAAAACUCUAAAUUAAUUAUUUUAUAAGAGAGUUUCUGUUUAGGAUAAUGAAAACAAUUAUAAAUUAUUUGGAUUUAAUAAAUAUUAUAAAAAAAGUAAAAAAUAAGAAAACUAUAAGGAUGGAAAAGUUUGCUUAAGAAUUUUGCAAUGCCAUGUGAAUAAAUAUAUUAUUUUGACCAUUAAGAAUUAAAUUAAAGUUGUGAUUGUAGUGAAUGUGGUGGAAAAGUUAAAAAGAAAAUUUUGAUUUGUAAAAAAGAAAUAAGAGAUAAUAAAUUUUCUGCAAUAAAAUAAAGAUAUCCAGCUUCACCUAAGUUAUCCCUUCAACCUUAAACAGUUAGACCUUCAAAUAAGGAUCUAAGUUUAAUUGGAUCAUCAUCUGCUUAUAUUAGUAUAAUAUUAAUUAAUUUUUAUGCGACAAACUUUAGAAAUAAAUAGUUUAAAGAAGUGCUAGAGAAUCUCUAAUUCCAGUAAUCUAAUUAAUUUAGGCAUAAAAUUUAAUGAAAAAAAUCAGUAGAACUAAUAAAAUUGAAUAGGAUCUCAAAUCUAAAUUGAAUUAACAAACUGAAAUAUUAUUUAAUAAAGUCUAAAAGUAAAUGAUAGAGAGAAAUUAAAUUAUGGUAGGAAAAGAUAUUGAAAUUAACUUUGAAAAGAAUAAAGAAACGGUUAAAACAUUGGAAAGAGAUCUUAUGAAGAAAAAAUCAAUAAAAUAAUCUCCUAAUGUUGCAUAAUUUCGUAUAAAAACAGAUAUAUCUAGUUAUUAUUUUGCUAAUUAAUAAAAAAAAUCAAUUUUUAAUAUUCCAAAUAUAAAUUAACUUGAAAAUAAAAAAAAAGAUAGCUUAAGUAUUUUAGAAUCUAAAACACCAAGAGUGUUUAUAAGAAGUGAAAAAUUUAAUAUCAAAUAACCAUUGACAUAAAGACUAUUAUGCACUUACUUAAAAAAGAGCAAUAGCAACAGCAAAUAACUAAAUAAUAAAAAAUUCUGA